AUGGCAAGAGUAAUACCUUUGUAUAAAAAUGGCCAACGGAAUAUUCCAGGAAACUAUAGACCAAUAUCAGUUUUACCUGCGAUUAGCAAAAUUAUGGAGCGAAUUUUGUAUGAUCAACUGUAUAACUAUUUAACAAAAUUUGAACUCCUUAGCGAUUCUCAAUUCGGUUUUCGAAAAUCUCAUUCUACAGCAACUGCAUUACUAGACUGUACCAAUGAUUGGUAUAUGAAUCUAGACAGAAAAAUGUUUAACCUAGUAGUUUUAAUUGAUCUAAAAAAAGCAUUUGAUACUGUUGAUCAUCAAAUUCUAUUGAGGAAGUUAGAACUUUAUGGAAUAAAAAGAGAAGCUCUAACUUUGCUCAAAUCUUAUCUCACAAACAGAAACCAGAAGUGCCAAAUUAAGAAUUCCUUUUCUACAGAGCGAUUGAUUAAGUGUGGCGUACCACAAGGCUCUGUCUUAGGACCACUAUUCUUUUUGUUAUAUAUAAAUGAUUUACCUCAGUGUCUAAACAAAACAAAACCUCGAUUGUUUGCUGACGACACAAAUCUGACAGCUUCGGGAGAUUCUAUAAUUGACCUUGAAACUGUAGUAAAUUCUGAUUUGGAAAACCUCAGAAAAUGGUUAAUUGCCAAUAAACUUAGUCUAAAUGUAGCUAAGACAGAAUUUAUGUUAAUUGGUUCAAAGGCAAUGAUUAAAAAAAAUUCUGAUUCACGUUUAAAUGUUUUCAUUGAAAAUAAGCAAAUUACACAAGUUAGCGAAUGCAAAACUCUUGGAGUAAUAGUUGACCAGCAUUUGUCUUGGAAAAGUAAUUCCGAAAAUAUUUGCAAAAAAUAA